ACAGGAUCUGAUGAAAACAGUCUGAUCUCUGAGAGCCGCCAUGAAGGAAACAUCUGUCCUGUUCCUGCUCAGUGAGUACAGACUCUGUUCAUCUGCUGCUGGUUCAAUGAGUUAAACACUGAGAGGACGAGCUGAGGGAGUUCUGACAUCAGUGCUGAGCAGAGCACAAAUACAAGCCAUUCGUCUGACUGUGAGUCCCAGCAGAUCUCAGUUCUUUGAAUAUGAAUCAGUGACUCUGAUCUGUGAGGAUGAAAACAGAUCUGAUGGAUGGACUGUGAGGAGAAACACAACCAGAGGAACCAGGAAGAGAUGUGAAGGAUGGGGGAAAUUAAAUGGUUCUACCUGUAACAUGAACUACCUCGUCCCAUUAGACACUGGUCUGUACUGGUGUGAGUCCAUGUCUGGAUCCUCCAGCAGCAGCAGCAGCAUCCAGCUCUCUGUCUCUGGUGGAUCAGUGAUCCUGCAGAGUCCUGUCCUCCCUGUGAUGGAGGGAGAUGACGUCACUCUGAGCUGCAGAGCAAGGAAUCCAACCCACAACCUCCCAGCUGCUUUCUAUAAAGAUGGCUCCUUCAUUGGUGAUGGACCAUCAGGUCACAUGACCCUCCUCCAUGUUUCCAGCUCUGAUGAAGGCCUCUAUAAAUGUAAUGUCAAAGGUCAUGGAGAGUCUCCAUCCAGCAGGAUCUCUGUCAAAGAGAAACUCAUCACCUCCUCUCCACCCAGCAGUGAGUCUGUUACAGUAGCUUCAUCCUCAUCUAUGUAUCUGUUCACAUCAUCAUCAUCAUCAUCAUCAUCAUCAUCAUCAUCAUCAUCAGCUGCUGCCUCUCCAAUCUCCACUCCUCCUCCUUUUACUGUGGGUCUUCCAGUUUUCAUCCACCUGGUCGUGUUUUCUCCGUACUUCAUCUCCACUCUGAUCCUGGUGUCUUUAUAUCGACACAAAGACAAAGGAGACAAUCUGCCCAACUCAGUGGUUAUGAUUUCCUCCACCCUGGAUGAAUAAAGAUUUUAAUGAUCUGAGUUAUUAUAUCAUCACUGUGUUUACCACAUAUCAGUAUGACACAUCCCUGAGGAACUCCUUGUGUUUCUGUUUCCUUGAACUGAUUAAAUAUCAGCUUUGAGUUUCACUGAGGAGGAAAAGUCGGAUCAACAAACAUCAUUUAAAAAUCGGUCAAUAACUGUAACCAGAGUGUGACAUCAGAACCUUCUGUUGUUUAACUGGUUUCUUCAUUAAAAUGAAUGAAAUGAU